AUUUCUGAGGUUCGUCGACCCAACGGAGAGAAAUACAGCCCUGACAGCAUCUUCUAUCUCUGUUUGGGAAUCCAGAAGUACCUGUUUGAGAACAGUCGGUUGGAGAACAUCUUUGCAGACGUCUUCUACACCAAAUUCUGCCAUGAACUGACCAGCAUACUCAGACAGUGGAAACCAACUAUUUUGCCCAGUGGUUACGUUCACUCUCGUGUAGAGGAGGAGUAUCUGUGGGACUGUAAGCAGCUGGGGGCGUUUUCACCCGGCGUGCUGCUCAACACACUGAUAUACUUCUUCACUAAGUACUUCAGCUACAAGACGGCGGAGCAGCACCGCCGCCUCUCUUUUGGCCACAUUGUACGCUGCUCCCGGAGCAAGGGCAACACAAAAGUGGCCUGUUUGCGUUUCUAUCCCCCGAAAGAGGACACAAGCACAGCUGGCGUCCCUGCAAAGAAAAGGAAGGAAGAGGAGGAUGAAAAUGACACUGUAUAUGAGAUAAAAGAGAAUGCAGACAAUCCUCUUCGCUGCCCUGUCAGGCUGUAUGAGUUCUAUCUCUCAAAAUGCUCACCCAGCGUGAGGCAACGCACAACCGACUUUUACCUGAGCCCCGAGCGCUCCUGCGUACCCAACAGUCCCAUGUGGUUCUCCACCACCUCCUUGAGUGAUGAAGUUCUGGACAGCAUGCUCACACGUAUCCUUACUGUCAGAGAGCUGCACCUGGAGAGAGAAAAAUCACCCAACGACACGGAUUCAGACAGUGACUCGGACUUCAGGCCCUGACUUUGAGAUGCGACUCACGUCAUAAGCUCAAACCAAAUUUGCAAAGUGAAGAAGGUAUCUCAAGUUUGUCCUAUAGAUGGUUCUCUGAGUAUUGUUACCAAGCUGACAAAAUCUGGAUGCCAUUAAAUGGGCCUUUAGGAUACUGAUAGAGAUUCCAGUGGAUGGAAAGUGUUUUGUCAUUGUAUUUUCCAUGUUUAAUUGGAUAGUAGUUAUGAGGCUGUACAGUGUGUUUGUGUAUGAAAAACUAUAUUUGACAAAAGCAGCUUACGUAAGAAAAAGAAAACAUUCAAAAGGUGCAUACGGUUGUAUGGAUUUCAUUUACAGGACAAAGCUGAUUUUAUGUAAUGCCACGUUACACACAAGUAGUAUUUGAUGGGGUUUCUGCCCAUUCUUUGUAUCAUAUUGAAACACUAAAGACAUUGAAAGCAUCCUUUUACAACAGGCAUUAAAAACAAUGGCUGGUGUAUCUAGCCCUAAAAUUAA